AAAAGCAUGAGCUGAGAAAAUGUAGAGGCUGCAUUCCAUCCAAGAGAUUCUUCAAGCUUACAUCAUAAGAAUUAACCAGAGAAAUAACCAGAAAGUCUUUUUUUUUAAAUUGUCUGCUGGACCAAAGAACUACAGCUCUUUCACAGUACAAUGCCAGGUGUACAGUCUGCUUGAUGGAUGAACUUCUGACUCAGCAGCAGCCCAUUGACUAACUUGAGAUGUAGGUGAGACAACAUUCUCAAAAUGGCUUCAGUCGGGCUCACAUUUCUGUUGCUGAUCUCUGCUCUGUGUGGACGUCCUGCUGUAGCCAAGCACCCCAACAGCACCCUACUGUAUGACAGAAACAACAGCAUCCGCAACUGCAGCUGUGCCUCAGAGAUCCAGCACUGCAGCCACGCUCAGGCCAACAUUCUGUGCAGCUGCAGGACCAUCCCACGCUCCAGCCUCAACUCAGUGAAUGUGGGCCUGACCUACCAGGGUGGGCUGACGGUUUGGGUGGAGGACCCUUGGGUGCUUAAGGACCUAGUGAACCACAGCUGUGUGCAGGAUCUCCGGCUGGCAGCCUGUGGGAGCAGCCCUCUGCCUCCAGAGUAUCUCACCCUCUUUGACCUAAAGAGACUUCACAUUUAUAACAAUGCCGCGGGCGUCCGUUUUCCUGAGCAGGGCCUCACUAUCACCACCCUGGAGAGAUCCCACGAAAUGUCCAAUAUUCCUCCAUUUCAGGUUUCCUUCCUCAACGUUGCUUUGCUUAAUGGCAUCUCCUUACUGAAGGCAUACAGUGUGAAAAACCUGCCUACCAUUGGAGAAUAUUUCCCCAACCUCCCUCUACCUGUUUCUACAGAACCAGCUGAAAGUCAGCAUUGUCAAGUGACCUUUAUCUACUAGCCUGGCUAAACUGCCUUGAAGAUUCAGUAGUUUGGAAGCAGCCAGUGAACUGUUUAACACCUUGAAUGCAGAUGUUGCACAGCAGGGGACCUGAUGAGCUAUUAUCUAAACAAACCAAUGAUUAGUUUGAUCAAUUAUGAAUUAUUCACGUCACUUCGAAAACCUGGACACUGUUAUGCUGCAGAAUUAGAGUUAGACGCUAAUGAUAUUUCAGAUUGCAUGGAGAUUGCAGGUUCAGAUCCAGACUACUCUGACCAUAAUAUUUUUUAUGAAAUAAAUACAAACAUAUUAGGCUGUAGACAUACAACCAAACUUUAUGGGAAAUGUGUUUGUUUCUUCAGUGUAUUUUAUACUUGAACCACAUGGUACUCUAACCUAAUUUAGGCCCUCUUCAUAGGCUAAAAUAAUUACAUGUUCACAGGCUGAUGAAUUCCUAUGGGAUUUACUACAGACAAAAUUGAUGAUCUAGCACAUUUCAUAAUAUGAUACAGUGGAUUUUUUACAGUAAGAUGUUUAUUGUAAUUAUUAGCUAGUGUCCCAGCUCGUGAUCACUUGACAAUAGAGCCUAAUGUGAACACUGACUGCUGACCUUUACUAUUUUCUAGGUAGAUCAGUUAUUUUUCUAACUGGAAAUGUUAGCAUUGUUUAUGGCCUUAUGCCAAAAGCAUUGAUCUAUAAUAUUGUAAAUUGUACUACUGCUUUAUCUAUGUACUGAUGUAUUUGCUUUUGGGUUUGAAAAUCAAAUUGUCUGCAUAAAAACAAAAUACUGUAAAAAAUAA